AUGAUACUUCCAGGCGAGUUAACUCUCGGGAAAUGUAUACCACACACUGCCAAAGAUAUUAAAGAAUGUGUUGCUGACAAGAAGAUUGGUAUCAGUGAAGUGGUCGAAGUUUUUCCGCUUUGGGAGGAAUACUGGCUUAUGGAGAUCGAUAGUCAAGUGCUGAGUCCAUUGAAGAAGGCGUCGUACGAAAAAGCCACUGGAGCUUUUCCAAAUCUGUUGCGUUUGUGGUGUGAUUACAUACGCUUUCUUAUAGCGGAGAAUGCUGAUCGUGACAUCAUUAGGCUGGCUUACACUUCAGCCCUACACUAUUGUGGGCAUCAUUUCAACGCAGACUCUUUAUGGGAUAUCGUCCUUGAAUUUGAGAAGUUGGACCGCUCUGUUUUGUUGAAGUUGUACUUACAAUUGAUUGCCAUUCCUUUGUACGAAUACAACAGAUUCUACACGCAGUUUAUCGAAAUUGGUAAGAGUUAUGAGUUAAGCGAUAUUAUCGAUGAAACUACCCUUGAGUCGUAUGCCGAGGGAUUCGGUCACAAGCUGGUUGAUGGUCUUACUCUAGUUGAGCGUCAUCAAGCGUUUGAUGACUUUGCAUAUAAAAGACAUCAGAAGACCCAGUCUCAAGUGGUGGCCAAAUGGGAGUAUGAAGAGAAAUUAGUUGAUCAGAAGUUCACGUUAAAGCCAGUGGAUGCAUCCAGGUGGUGGGAUUAUAUAGCUUGGUCUCGAUCACACGAUGCCGUCGCUGAUGCCAUUUCCGUAUAUGAGCGAGCUCUCAUCGUGCUUGGCCUCCUGCCCAAAAUCUGGCUAUCAUAUAUAGCAUUUCUCAACCAAAGUGGGGCCAGCAAAGAGACCCAAGAGAAGGUUUUCGAACGAGCGUCUGCCACUGCUCUUUGGGAUGAUGUUGACGACUUAGGUCCGCGUUUGCGAAUUUUAUGGUGCCAACUCAGUCAAAAAAACGACUUACUCGGGCAAUGGUUAGAUACUCUAGCAACUACAUCGCCACGGCCACAACUGGCAAUUUUUCAACUUACACAAGCGCUUAUUCCGGGAAUCUCAAAUCUUGAAGAGGCUAUCAAGGAUCCUAAGUUCCCAACUGAGUCUUUAGCCGUACUUAUCGUUGCCUACUUGAAAACAUUGGAUACUGCCGCUGUUCGCAAAUUUUAUAAUGACCAUAUUUGUACCACGUCGAAACUAACAAGUAUGUUAAAGCGAAGUGAGUUAUUUUGGAAGUUUAUUGUUGAGUAUGAGGGUUUUAGGCACUAUAAUAUGCAGAACCUAACGGUUGUGGUUCUGGCGAUUACCGCCACCCGUCAGCUCCCCAAAGGUUCCCGCCAAGCAAUUUUAGCCACAGCCGAGCUGAUGUGUCGAGCUAAUAACGGUUGUACUGUGCUCAUGGAACCUGCUGCCCUUCCGGAGAUAGCCCGGAGACAUGUCGCACAUCCUGGUAUAAUUAGAGAACAUAUCCCCGAGAUCGCUAACCCUCAAUUCGGGCAUACGCGGCUUAGCGCGGAUUUUGACGUAAUCUCCGCCGCACCUCCGCUUCCUCAGUUCAAAAACGUCGAGAAACUGCUGACACAGAUUGUGCCGCAGCAAUAA